GCGAACUUGUAAAGUUUAACUUGGGUUCUUGGGUUGAUUACAUUUUGCUUCUUCUGAAAUUUGUAUUCCUUUUUGAAUCAUUUGUGUGGUAUUGAGCGCAUGUUAUAUUGAGAAAAAGUUUAGCUAGCAUAUACUUCAGGCUACAAAUAGAACGAGGUAGUCAUAAAUUUACUGGUACUUAGAAAAAUAGAAGAAAAUAGUGGCAACAUAGUACUUUUAACUUCAAAGGAAUUAAAGUCUAAAAUUAGACUUAAUUUUUAUUUGUAUUUAUUUAAGUAUAAUGGAAAACAUCUUGGAAGAUCCAGUGCAACUAUCAAAAGGAAUCAACUUACAUGAAUUAUUAACAACGUCUACGGAAUUUAGCAUAGAUGUUGAUUUCAAGAAAUCUGAUCUCACUAUUGAUCGAGAAUUCUUUGAUGAUUUAGAGGAUGACAGUGACACAGAAGAUGUUUUGCAAUACAUUGAGGAAUCGGCUUCUAAAAUGAUGUUAAGCUGCCCGGAAUAUCAUUCAUUCAGUGAUUUAUCAACAAAAAUGAUUGAUUGUGUCUCUUCAGGGGACGUCAAAAUGCUCAUUUUAGAGGAGGGUGAUGGUCCAAUAAUACCAGUAGAUGCUGAGGUGACCAUACAUUAUGCAGCCUAUUGGGAGAAAGAUAAAAUACCCUUUGAUUCAACACUCACUAUGAACAAUGGCGUACCUAUGCGUAUAAAACUCGGCAAAGGAUCUUGCAUACCCGGCCUAGAGAUCGGUCUAACUAUGGUCAGGGGCCCCAAAGCGAGGUUCUUAUUGCUAAUACAGCCAGCAUUGGCUUGGGGCCCCCAAGGUGUGUUGCCGAGAGUGAGGCCCGAAGCAGCCCUGUUCACUAUUGAAUUGUACUCUGUUAAUGAUCUGCAAGCUCCUAUCAGGUUCAACGACCUUCCGUCCGAAGAGCAAAGCAAAUUCGAAGUGACCACAAGAACUGUGAACUCGUUACACGCUCAAGCUAAAGAUUUCUUUGCCAAACGUAAAUUCAACAAGUGCAUAAAAAACUAUCAACAGUCUAUGUACGUUCUAAAUUUAUCUGUGGUCAAAAAUGCCACGGAGGAAGCGGAAGUGAAGCGUUUAAAAAUAAAUACAUACGUCAAUUUGGCGGUGUGCUAUUAUAAAAUAAAUAAACCGAAAUACGUGAUCAAUAUGUGUGAAAAUCUUGAUUUUGUCACCGAUAUAAAUAAACAUUGUAAAGCAUUGUUUUAUUACGGUCGAGCGUAUGAAAUGUUAGGCAAAACGGAAGACGCGUUAAAAUAUUACAAAUUGGCGUUGAAAUUGGAACCUAAAAAUCGCGAUAUCGGUAAAGCGUUAGCGAAUUUAGACAAAUACAAUAAAAAAUCGGCGGAAAACGAAAAGGAACUGUGGCAGAAUGCUCUGCGGUCUGUGCCUGAAAAGAAAAAAGUUGUCUAUGACGUUGACAGUGACUUUUUAAACACGGUACGUGACAUGUGUCAAGAUUUGGCGGGAAGUGACGAAUAUACGAAGUUUGAACUGCCAAAUAGUUUUACGAGUAACGAAGUUAAUUGUAUUAAGGAUUUGUGUUCUGAAUUCGAGGGUCUAAUUGUGCAAGAAGACGGUGAAGGGAAGAAGAAGAAGGUUUUUAUUAUUAGGAAAGAUGCGUCGUGAUAUUAAUUUACUUUUUUGCGUUACCUGUAGUAUUUUAUUUGGCUAAACUGUACAUUAUAGGGCGUGGAGUUGAGAGUCGUAAAUAUCCAUAACAGAAACAAGAUGGAGUAACUUUCUAUAGUAAUUUUCCGAUUUUCAAAAAUUCUUAACUCAAAAACUAAAAGUUUCCUCAGACUGAAAUUUCAGAUUUAGGUUCCAUAGGACAAUAGCUAACCACAAAAAAAAUUACGACUCUCUCCACGCCCUAUAAUGUACAGUUUUACCUUUUAUUAAUUUUUAGUAAUUAGUAGUAUUUUAUUUUUGUGUUUUAUUACGUUAGACGUACUUACUUGGCUGAUUUUUAACGUCAGACGUGAAA